AUGUGGCAGGCGGAGUUUGCUCGAGGGGUUGCACAGGGGCACGAGGAUUUUGAUACGGUGCCAGCGGUUGAUAGCGCCCCGGCGGGCGAUGCUGAAGCCGGGGGUGGUCCGGGGUCGAGGGUGGGGUCCCUGUGGCGGAUGAUGGCGUGGGCGAUCGGCCAAGUGGCGGGCUCUGCUGAGGAGAUCGUGGGGGCGGCCUCUGCCGGCGGGGGCGGGCGGCCGGACGGAGCGGUGGGGAUGCGGCCCGCCAGCUCGAUAGGCAGCGCCAGUGUGACUGACGACGCAGCUUGGACUUCCGAGGAGCGGUGGCGCUGCGUGGGCGGGUCGCCGUGGAGCAUGAAGGGAGGGGGGAGCUGUGAGGGGUGGGAGGAAGUCAGGUGGUCGCAGGCGUGCGACGGCGAUCAAGCUCCCGGGAGCGAGGAUUUUAUUCGUGCGGCCGCGCCAACGCCUGAGGUUGGAUUGGAUGCCUGGGUUGGUGUGGGCGGCCGGGGCUGGGACCGGCAGCGGGGCGGGUGGCGUCUGGCUGAUCUCGACCGGCAUUUGAUGCGGCUGGAGGCUGGCGAGGACGAUUCGGAGAUCGGUGAUGGCGCGCCUGCGCCGCUGGGCCGCAAGAGCGCUCCGCCGGGGUGCUGCCGCUUCGAUCGCCGGCCGAUCGAGGCGUGGGAUGCUUGGGAGUGCGAGGAGUGCGAUGAGUCAGCGGGGUCGCAGGUCAGCGAGGGGAUCUUCGUGAAGGAGCGCCGCACAGCGCUGGACGCGAUGGAGCUCAAGGCGGAGCUGCGGCGGCGGGAGCUGCUGUGGCGGGUGGCCCGGGAGGAGGAGGCGCUGGCCGGCAUCCGCGAGGGCGUGCGCGUGAGGAAGCGCGAAUUCCGGCUGCUGAAGACGGGGAUGCAGGCCGAGACGCCAGAGGUCGCGCGCCUGCGGAGGAGGUGGGGCUCGGGGCGGAGGGCCAGGAGAAGGCGAAGGCGCGAGCAGGAUCGGCAGCGCGAGGAAGACGACCUUGCCGAUGUUCCCUUGACGCGCACCAAAUGGAAUUCCAUCAGCCAGUUCGCCACGCCGGAGAAAUCACGGACCCAGACACCUGCAGUCUUUGAUUGGGCACCUUAUUGA